AUGGGUUCUUUGCAGGCUGGCGACACGAACUACGACCCUCUACUGGAAUCCACCCGAGUCCCACCACCUCCGUGUCCCCAACCCCGCCGACGUCGUCCCAACCACGAGACGAGCGGCCGUCUCGAGUCUGUGCUCUCCGACCCGACCCUGGCUCUCUGGGCCAGGGUCCGGGCCGCCUCAUGGAUCGAGCUGAAGCUGCUCUUCCACCUGGCGGCCCCUGCCGUCGUCGUCUACAUGAUCAACUACAUCAUGUCCAUGUCCACCCAGAUAUUCUCUGGCCACCUCGGCAACCUCGAGCUCGCCGCCGCCUCCCUCGGCAACACAGGCAUCCAAAUCUUCGCCUAUGGCCUCAUGCUGGGCAUGGGGAGUGCGGUGGAGACGCUGUGCGGGCAAGCGUACGGAGCUCACAAAUACGAAAUGCUCGGCGUGUACCUCCAGCGAGCCGCCGUCUUGCUGACAGCGACCGGCUUAUUCCUCGCGCUGAUCUACAUCUUCUCGAAGCCCAUCCUGCUAUUCCUGGGCGAGCCCCCGGAGAUCGCCUCGGCGGCGGCGGUGUUCGUCUACGGCCUCAUCCCGCAGAUCUUCGCGUACGCCCUCAACUUCCCCAUCCAGAAGUUCCUCCAGGCGCAGAGCAUCGUCGCCCCGAGCGCGUACAUCUCGACCGCCGUGCUGGCGCUGCACUUGGCGCUGAGCUGGCUGGCGGUGUACCGGGCGGGGCUGGGGCUGGUGGGGGCGUCGCUGGUGCUGAGCCUGUCGUGGUGGGUGAUCGUGGUGGCGCAGCUGGUGUACAUCGCGAGGAGCGAGAGGUGCAGGGACACGUGGACCGGGCUCACCGUGCGGGCCUUCUCCGGGCUGUUCGAGUUCUUCAAGCUGUCCGCCGCGUCGGCGGUGAUGCUGUGCCUGGAGACGUGGUAUUUCCAGAUACUUGUGUUGCUCGCUGGGUUGCUAGACAAUGCUGAGUUGGCGCUGGACUCUCUCUCAAUUUGCAUGAGUAUAUCGGGUUGGGUAUUCAUGAUCUCAGUUGGUCUGAAUGCUGCUGCCAGUGUGAGGGUGAGCAACGAGCUUGGAGCCGGGAACCCGAGGUCGGUGGCAUUUUUGGUGGCAGUAGUGACAGUAAUCUCCUUCGCCAUCUCCUUGGUCGCGGCGGCGGCGGUCCUCACGCUCCGCGGCGUCAUCAGCUACGCCUUCACGGAGGGACCAGCCGUGGCGGCUGCCGUUUCCGACCUGUGCCCGCUUCUCGCCCUCACCCUCCUCUUGAAUGGCAUUCAACCCGUAUUGUCUGGUGUGGCGGUUGGGUGCGGAUGGCAGGCGUUCGUGGCUUACAUUAACAUCGGAUGCUACUACGUGAUCGGUAUCCCCUCGGGUCUGCUUUUAGGGUUCUACUUCAGACUCGGCGCAAAGGGGAUAUGGGGCGGCAUGCUUGCCGGCACGGUCAUGCAAACCCUAAUCUUGAUGUGGAUCACGUUCCGAACGGAUUGGAACAAGGAGGUGGAGGAAGCAAUGAAGAGGCUGGAUCAGUGGCAGGACAAGAAGGAACCCUUAUUGAAGGAGUGA